CCAGGGAUCAAACCUGUGCCACCUGCAUUGGAAGCAAGGAAUCUCAACCUCUGGAGGUGCUGAGGUCACAAAAGCUUGGAGGCACGAGGCUGCGUAUUUCACAGCGAAGCCAGAUUUUCCGUUUUUUGUUUACCCAAAUGAUGUGUUUGAAUAUUGCUGCAGCUAGGUCAUUUUUGCAAAUUACCUCAUUAUUACUGCUUUGGAUUAGCCAAUUGGCUACAAGCGCUAGCGUGGAAGCUUUGCUGGGAAACAUAAAUGUAGAAUCUGCUCAGUACGAAACAUGUUCCCAGCCUUCCUCCGAUGCACAAAGCCUCUGACCUCCUUCACGUAAAUGAACAGGACCUCCAAUUUGCUCAAUAAGAAUCCGCAACUCGGAGCUUUAUGCCAAACAGGGACCACCUGAGUCAGGUGGAAUUGACUGUGGGUGAGACUAUCCGUAGCCUUUAGGGAAAUCUUUCCACUGUCACCGAGCAACUGCAGAAGGCGCUGUGUACUCACGUCUAAGAGGAAACUGCAGAUUGUCUUCCUCGGGGAAGGGGCUUGGGUGCUGCACAGGAUGUUGGUGCUUCGUGAACCCCAGCAACUUCAGAUUCUGUAUGACUCCUUGGAAGAGAGCACCCCUGAGUCCCUGAAGGUGUAUGGCGCCCUUUUCCACAUUAGAAAUAAAAACCCGUUCAACCUGGAGGUGCUGGUGGAUGCCUGGCCAGAGUAUCAGACAGUCGUCAUACGGCCUCAGAAAGAGGAGAUGAAGGAUGACCUGGAUUAUUAUAUCAACACUUACCACAUCUUCACCAAAGCUCCUGACAAGUUAGAGGAAGUCCUAGCAUGCCCGCAGGUCAUCAACUGGGAACAAGCCUUCCAGAUCCAAGGUUGUCAAGAGAACUUGGGCAAGGCACUACAAAAAGUUGCAGCUUCAAAAUCAGUGAAGAUAGAUUAUCUGAGAACCGUACUUUUUGUGUUUGAAAAACCAACAUUCGAGGCAUCGAGUGGUGACAAGAUGGAUUUGAUGACGUUAAUGCAAGUUCCUGAAGUGCUGAAAGAUAGAAGGAAAGAAACUUUUCAGAGCACCUUCUUGGAUGUCUCGCAUGCAAGGCUUGUGAAUGAGCACUGGGAGUGGGGGAAAAAUGAGAAGAGCUUGAAAUAUGUUGAACGCUGUCUCCAGAAUUUUAUAGGAUUUGGUAUUCUGAAUUCAGAAGGGAACCUCAUCUCUUGGUGUAUUACAGAACAGUCCUGUGAGAUAAGAAUGGGUUACACUUUCCCCAAAUACCGAGGCCAAGGCCACAUGUGGCAAAUAGGUGGUAACAGUAUGGCAUAUUUUUUUUCAAAAAAAUUGCCGUUUUAUAUACAUGUGUCAGAAGAUAAAGAAAAAACUCAACAGAUGUUGAUGAAUUUUGGGUUCAAGAAUGCUCUUUGUGGCUGGCAUCAGUGGAAAUGCACCCCAAAGAAAUACUGUUGAUGGUACCAUUGUCCAUUUCAUGUGUUUCUUAUCAGGGAAAAAACAUCAGUGCAAACAAAGGUGGUAGUCUACACAAGCAACAAAAACCAUCCAGUUCUCUGGGGCUCAGGCCCUGCUCAGGCCCAUGUCUAUAAUAGUUUUGUCUUCUUUCUCUUGUAUAUUACAAAACAUUAGAAGCUUGGCUGUUUGCUGUCCCGCUUUUCCUUUAUGGUGAGAAAUGUCUCAGAGUUGAAAUUACCCAAUGUCAAUCAUUAGUGCUAACAUAUCCCACUUUCCUCUUUGAAGAAGACUUCUUUCAGGAAGGAAUCUCGCUUUUUGAUGCUUCUCAUUUGAAAGUAAAAUGUCUCCUUUGAAAGUCUCUUCUCUGGCAUCCUUCUCUUCUUCCCACGAAGUUUCCCAAAGGACCUUUCAAAAUGCUUCAGCAUCAUUGCUUUCGCUCUUGGGUGCCCUCAAAAGUGCUUUGAGGUACUACACUUAAUUAAAUUAUGUGGCCAUCAGUGAAACUUUGGUUUUCUGACUAGCUUUUUAUCACAGAAACUUGGUUGAGUUGAGUUGCAUAGCAUAACUUCACAUUUUUAAUAUGAUUUUAGAUCUAUGCUGUAUUAGUUUCCUGUUAUUGUUGUAACAAGUUACCACAUGUUUAGUGACUGAUGAUGCAGUGACAUGAUCUACCAUAUGAUCCAUCAAUCCCACCCCUGGACACAUAUCCAGAGAAAACAAUAAUUCAAAAAUAUACAUGCACCCCAAUGUUCAUUGCAGCACUAUUUACAAUAGCCAGGACAUGGAAGAAACCUAGAUGUCCAUCAACAGAGGAAUGGAUGAAGAAGAUGUGGUAAAAAUGUACAAUGGUGUAUUUCUCAGCCAUAAAAAGAAAAACAAUGCCAUUGGAAACAAACCGGAUGGACCUAAGGUUGUCACACUGACUGAAGUAAGUCAGACACAGAACAACAAACAUCAUAUGAUAUCACCUAUAUGUGAAAUCUUAAGAGGGGAUACAGAUGAACUUAUCUACCAAACAAACAGAGUCACAGAUACAGAAAGCAAACGUACGGUUACAAGGGGAUAAGGAAGGAGAAAGAUAAGCUGGAGGAUUGGGAUUGACGUGUACACACUACUAUGCAUAAAACAGAUGACUAGUAAGGCCUUACUGUAGAGCACAGAGAACGCUACGUGAUGCCUUGUAAUGAUCUACGUGGGGACAGAAUCUAAGGAGAAUGGCUAUAUAUGAACACAUAACACAUUCACCUUGCUUACCCCUGAAGCUAACACAAAACGGUAAUCAUGGAAAUCAACUACACUUCAAUAAAAACUAUUUAAAAAAUUUA